GCUCCGGGGCGUGGCUGCUGCCGAGCAUCUCCCAGCUCAGCCGAGCCCCUGCCCAGGCCACGCUUUGUUCCAGCCGCCGCCUCCUCUACCCUCCGGCGUCCGGAGCCAUCCCUCGCCUCCUCGCUCUCUCCUUUCGCCCACUCCUUGCAUCUGGGCCUGCAUCACCUUUGCCAACCGCUCCCCCGAUCCUGCCGACACUCCUCCCCCAAACUUCUGACCGGCACCCUUGCCUGGUACCCUUCUCUCCGUUCCUCCCCCUCCAUCUUCUUUCCCCGACCCCUCUCGGGUCCCUCUUUUCCCAAAACCGGGGUCUCUCCUCGCAGCCCCAGCCUCCAGGCCGGGGAUGUCCCCCGCGGCCCCGCGCCCAUGGUCCUGACGCUGCUCCUCUCCGCCUACAAGCUGUGUCGCUUCUUCGCCAUGUCGGGCCCACGGCCGGGCGCCGAGCGGCUGGCGGUGCCUGGGCCGGAUGGGGGCGGUGGCACGGGCCCAUGGUGGGCUGCGGGCGGCCGCGGGCCCCGCGAAGUGUCGCCGGGGGCAGGCACCGAGGUGCAGGACGCCCUGGAGCGCGCGCUGCCGGAGCUGCAGCAGGCCUUGUCCGCGCUGAAGCAGGCGGGCGGCGCGCGGUCCGUGGGCGCCGGUCUGGCCGAGGUCUUCCAACUGGUGGAGGAGGCCUGGCUGCUGCCGGCCGUGGGCCGCGAGGUAGCCCAGGGUCUGUGCGACGCCAUCCGCCUGGACGGCGGCCUCGACCUGCUGUUGCGGCUGCUGCAGGCGCCGGAGUUGGAGACGCGUGUGCAGGCCGCGCGCCUGCUGGAGCAGAUCCUGGUGGCUGAGAACCGAGACCGCGUGGCGCGCAUUGGGCUGGGCGUGAUCCUGAACCUGGCGAAGGAGCGCGAACCCGUUGAGCUGGCGCGAAGCGUGGCAGGCAUCUUGGAGCACAUGUUCAAGCACUCGGAGGAGACGUGCCAGAGGCUGGUGGCGGCCGGCGGCCUGGACGCGGUGCUGUAUUGGUGUCGCCGCACUGACCCCGCGCUGCUGCGCCACUGCGCGCUGGCGCUGGGCAACUGCGCGCUGCACGGGGGCCAGGCGGUGCAGCGGCGCAUGGUGGAGAAGCGCGCAGCCGAGUGGCUCUUCCCGCUCGCCUUCUCCAAGGAGGACGAGCUGCUUCGGCUGCACGCCUGCCUCGCAGUAGCGGUGUUGGCGACUAACAAGGAGGUGGAGCGCGAGGUGGAGCGCUCGGGCACGCUGGCGCUCGUGGAGCCGCUUGUGGCCUCACUGGACCCUGGCCGCUUCGCCCGCUGUCUGGUGGACGCUAGCGACACAAGCCAGGGCCGCGGGCCCGACGACCUGCAGCGCCUCGUACCGCUGCUCGACUCUAACCGCUUGGAGGCGCAGUGCAUCGGAGCUUUCUACCUCUGCGCCGAGGCUGCCAUCAAAAGCCUGCAAGGCAAGACCAAGGUGUUCAGCGACAUCGGCGCCAUCCAGAGCCUGAAACGCCUGGUUUCCUACUCCACCAAUGGCACUAAGUCGGCGCUGGCCAAGCGCGCGCUGCGCCUGCUGGGCGAGGAGGUGCCACGGCCCAUCCUGCCCUCCGUGCCCAGCUGGAAGGAGGCCGAGGUCCAGACGUGGCUGCAGCAGAUCGGUUUCUCCAAGUACUGCGAGAACUUCCGGGAGCAGCAGGUGGAUGGCGACCUGCUUCUGCGGCUCACGGAGGAGGAACUCCAGACCGACCUGGGCAUGAAAUCGGGCAUCACCCGCAAGAGGUUCUUUAGGGAGCUCACGGAGCUCAAGACCUUCGCCAACUAUUCUACGUGCGAUCGCAGCAACCUGGCCGACUGGCUGGGCAGCCUGGACCCGCGCUUCCGCCAGUACACCUACGGCCUGGUCAGCUGCGGCCUGGACCGCUCCCUGCUGCACCGCGUGUCUGACCAGCAGCUGCUGGAAGACUGCGGCAUCCACCUGGGCGUGCACCGCGCCCGCAUCCUCACGGCGGCCAGAGAAAUGCUACACUCCCCGCUGCCCUGUACUGGUGGCAAACCCAGUGGGGACACUCCAGAUGUCUUCAUCAGCUACCGCCGGAACUCAGGUUCCCAGCUGGCCAGCCUCCUGAAGGUGCACCUGCAGCUGCAUGGCUUCAGUGUCUUCAUUGAUGUGGAGAAGCUGGAAGCAGGCAAGUUUGAGGACAAACUCAUCCAGAGUGUCAUGGGUGCCCGCAACUUUGUGCUGGUGCUGUCACCUGGAGCACUGGACAAGUGCAUGCAAGACCAUGACUGCAAGGAUUGGGUGCAUAAGGAGAUUGUGACUGCUUUAAGCUGUGGCAAGAACAUUGUGCCCAUAAUUGAUGGCUUCGAGUGGCCUGAGCCCCAGGUCCUGCCUGAGGACAUGCAGGCUGUGCUUACUUUCAACGGUAUCAAGUGGUCCCACGAAUACCAGGAGGCCACCAUUGAGAAGAUCAUCCGCUUCCUGCAGGGCCGCUCCUCUCGGGACUCAUCUGCAGGCUCUGACACCAGUUUGGAGGGUGCUGCACCCAUGGGUCCGACCUAACCAGUCCCCAGUUCCCCAGCCCUGCUGUGACUUCCAUUUCCGUCGUCCCUUCUGAAGGAACAGCUCCUGAAACCGGCCUCCCUGGGCUGAGACAACCUGGGCUCUUCUUAGGAAAUGGCUCUCCCUCUCCCUGUCCCCCACCCUCGUGGCCCACUUCCAACCCACUUUUCUCAGAAUCUGGAGAGGGAAGGGAAGUCAGGCUUGGGCGCUGGAGAUUAGAACUCCUCUAGGCCCUGCCAUUGGGUUGUCUGUCUCCGUCAUGGGAAGGGUCCCUGCUCAGUUCUGGAGACACUGGAGUUGGGGUGGGGGUGGUUCUGCAUUCCCUUCUCCUGCUCUGAGAGCAGCCAGCUUGAGGAGGAUGAAGGAAGGCGGCCUCAGGCAGGAAUUAAGGCAAUGCCCAGGCGGGCCUGGGCACUGUAUUCUGAGCAAGGGCCUGGGCGCAGGAGCCAGCCAGGGAUGAGUGCCGCCAUGGCUCUCCACUCAGACUGUGCCUGGCCCCUGCACUUACAACUUCCUGCCGCUCUGUGGCCUUGCCCUGUAAUCACUCAGUGCCCUUAGCCAGCCUGACUAGGUCCCAGAUCCCCUACAGCUUCCUUCGGUGUGAUAUCUUUUGCCACAUCCAGGGCGAGGGUUGAGGCAAACCAGCCCUCCCUCUGACUUCUUUGUCACUGCAGCCAGCUUUGCUGCGCUUGCUGGUGCACAGGAGCCUCCUGUUUGGGCCUGGGUCUGGGCAUGGGGAAGCCGUGCCUCAAAGCCCACCCUACCCCAUGCCUUGGUGCUGUGCCUCAGGCUCCUUCCUGGUCUGGCCCAGCUGGCUUCCCCAGCCCCUCAGCCAUCCAGGGCUACCCACCGCUUGCUCAGGGACCAGGCAGCCCCCAUGGCAGUAAAAGCAGCCUGGACAGAACCUGCAGCUCUGUGGAAAGAGGCAAAGUCUUGAAAAGGCAAAGGGUUUUCACCUAGGGCAGCUUCUCCAACUUUAACGUGCAUCCAAGUCACCUGGGUAUGUUGUUAAAAUCAGGAGAUCUGGGGCGGGGCCUAGGACUCUGCAUUUGUUACAGAUUCCCAGGUGAGCUGACGCUGGUGGUUAAGGGUAGCAAAUCUCUAAAGCACGAAGCCUUCACAAAUCUUUGCCAUUUCCCAAACACUCCGCUCCAUGGUCUGCAGUCAUCAGAGCAACUCUACCUGGUAUUGUCAUCCCCAUUUUACAGAUAAUGACACUGAGGCUCAGAAAGGUUGAGGAUAAGCCCAGUUUCCUGUCAUUAGUGGCAGCCCCAGAUCCAGACCUACGCCUCCUGGCACCCAGUCCACUGGCAGUGGAAUUGCUCUCCUGAGAAUCAUUCUGAGGCUGGGCUAUUGCUUCUCCCUUGCUUCAAAGAAUCUAGCAGCGGGGGAUAGGAUUUUGCAACAAAAAGCUGACCCAGAGGCCAUACAGAGCAGGAAUAUCCUGUUGCCCCCUCCUCCACUGGGUUCAGAGGGCAAGAAAGUACCCUCCAGUAAACCCAGGCUCCAGGCCGUGGGGGCUGCUGAAGGCUCUUUCCCCGCAAGGGCCAGGUGUUGACACCUUAAGGCUGGCUGCGCCCCCAGCCCCACUCUUGGCUGUGCUGGCCAGGUGACUCCCAGUUCUUGGCCACACCAUCAGAAAGUCAAAGGUCUCACUCCACGUUUGGGGCUCCUUCCUUCCACUCCCCUCCCUGCCAGAGUCUGUCUUGGCCAGUGCCAGCCUCGAUGCUUUGGUUUUGACCCCACCUGAUCCUCCUUUCCUCAUGCAGCACAAGUGCUCACUGGGGCCAGAGCCAGGGCAUGGAUAUGACAAGCAGAGCAGCCUGGACACUGCCCACAGGACAGCAUCAAUAACAAUACAGUGUCUGAGUAUCUCCAGGGGAUGAUUUCUGGCUCUUUGUCUCCAAUCAGUCCCACUCCCUCCUGAGGUCCCCAUGGGCAGUAUUCAGAGAGGUUUCCUGCGUUUUAUUUCUGUUUGGUAUACUCUCCACUGUUGUCCACCGCCGUGUGUGGCCUUCUGGUUGACCUCUGCCCGAUCUUCUGUCUUUCUGGGGGAAUCAGAGUCCAGCAUCCAGCCCCAGCUGGAACAGCUGAAGUCAUAAGCCUCCCCUAAGCCAAGGCCAGUGUGUUCAGAGGUGACUGCCACCAAUACUAGGACAAACACAGCUCAGAUCACCAGGUCGAGCACCUGGGCCUGGCUUCUCCUGAGACAGAGGACUCAGAAGUGGCCUUUCCUCCAAAGCCUGCUCAGACACAGGUCUGUAGGGCCAGGGUGUUCUGCUUGGCUGGGCUGCAGCUGCUACCCCUCAUUUGGGGCUGUCAGCCAGAUCCUCUCCCCACUCUCCCCAAGGGCCAAGAACUGCUCAGGGACAUUAAAGGUCAAAAGUCCAGCCACACUCAUUCAUCCUUUCCCCAGGCCCAUGAAGAAAGGCAUCUCAUUGUAGAAUGUAUGAGGAGGUGGGAAGGAUCUCAGAGAAUCAGCUAAGUUUCCUAACUUGUCCAUCCAAAUGUCAUCACCACAAUUCAACAAUCUGGGGCAUUGCUGAUCUAGCUGUUCCUAGUGAGGCUUGCUCAAGGUUGCACAGCAAGUCAGUAGAAGCCCUGGCUGGCCCCACUUGGUACCAAUCCACCAGGCAGCUCAGGGCUCCUGCCAGCCCAGCAGCUUCUGUUGUCUGACGUAUGGCAGGCAGACUGGGAGCAGGAAAACAGAGGACCGCAAAGCCCAAGGCACCAGAAGGUUUGUUUCAGUUUGCUGAAGCUGAGUGAUAAUGAUUGGCACUCUUCAGCCCAGGGAGUGGGCAGGCCAUAGCCAAGGAUCGAUUCCCCAACCACAGUGAAGGCAGCACUCUUCCUCCAGAGAUCGCCAAGCCCCUCUUACCUCCCUCCCUCCUUCCCAAGGCUGGCACUAACCAGGUACCACAUUAGGAGUGGCUGGUGACUGCUACACAUGUUGGGAACCUGGUUGGGGCUGUGCAGUUUGGGCUGGAAGGAGAGAUGCCAGCCCUCGUGCUGCCUCUGGUCCCUGAAGUGUCACCUCUCUCAGGACCUCUCCUCUGGCCUGUGGGGUUAUAAGUGAUGGAUGGCAGAAAGGGAGAACUGACUCCUGUCCCAAAUAGCUCCCCUGCUACCUGUCCUGCAGUGGGCCUGUGUGGGUUAUGAUUCUAGAUCCUAGUCAGAGGCUGGGUCAGCUGUGGAUGGGGUGGUGCCUUGGUCUGUCUUGACUACCUCAUCCAAAGAGAGCACUGCCCUUAGACAAGAGCUGCUGGUCCUGCUGUGGGCUGGGAUCCCAGCUGCAGACCUCCAGUUGUUUGGUGUUUACUUUGCUCCUCUUGCCCUCUGUCUUCUGGUCCAGGCAGAUCAGGGGCUCUGGGGAAACUGCUGGAACUCAGGGUGAGGAUCAGCCUUUUCCAGCAUCCUGUGAGAGACCAGAGAGAGUUUGGAUUUCACAUGGGGAACCCUCAAGGCCUGUCUGGAGAAGUGACACAGGAUUUACUGGGGUGGGCUGGUCCAGGUAGCUCUCCUGAACCUCCUCCUUCCCCAAGCUGAGAAGCUGAGAGCUGGAGGACAAUGUCCAGGGACAUGGCUCUGGAAAAUAACUUUUUUUUUUUUUAAGAGACAGGGUCUUGCUCUGCUGUCCAGGCUGGAGGGCAGUGACACAAUCAUAGCUCACUGUACCCUUGAACUCCUGGACUCAAGUGAUCCUCCUGCCUCAGCCUCCUUAGUAGCUGGGACUACCGGUGCAUACCACCAUGCUUAGCUAAUUUUUUAAAUUUUUUAUACAGACAAGGUCUUGCUAUGUUGCCCAGGCUGAUCUCGAAUUCCUGGGCUCAAGUGGUCCUCCUGCCUCAGCCUCCCACAGGAUCGGGAUUACAGGCAGGAGCCUCCACACCCGGCCAUGAAAUAUAAUUCUUAAUAUCAUACAGGAAAAAGUCAGCGGGUCAAGCAGCCUGUGGCCCAGCCACAACUAGCUGACAAAGCUCCCUGGCCUUCCCUUUAACACAGUUCUGCUGCCAUAGUUCCAUCUAUAAAAUGGGAAUGAAGGGAAAUAGGGGAACUGGGAGAGAGAACACAGCCUUGCCAAGCAGCAAUGUUAGCCUGAUCCUUCCUCCACCUAGCUCGCCACCUUGCCCUUGGAAAAUGGCUCCUGGAGGAUUAGGCAGCCAUCUGCAAGGAGAGGGGCAACCUGGGACAAGACACCCAGAGGGUAAGGAUUCCAGGAAUGAAGCUGCCAUUUCUGGUUGGGAGGAGAAGAGGAAACUUUUAAGAGAAAGGGCUCCAUGAUGAGCAUGGGUUCAGGGCCCUGCAUUACCCAAUCAGAACGGCCGGGAUGAGCAGGAGGCCAGCUCCCAGGAGGAAGGGGAACCCCUUCAUAAAGUUCAGAGUGGCUGGGUAGAGUGAGUUGAAGAUGCCGGAGGCCGUCAGCAUGGCCAGGCUGUUCACACAGGCCACAGCAGAAAAGAGAGCACCUGUGAAGAAAUAAAUACCAUACUCUGGAGUCCGAAAGGGCCAUGUUCCAAUUCCGGCACCACCACCUCACAGCUGUGUGACCCGGAGUAGUCACUUAACCUAUGUCUCCCCUUCCUCACCAGUAAAUCUUGCUACAUCAUGUACUGUGACAAGGAUUCAAUAAGGUCGUAUGUGGACAGUAGCUGCCACAGAGGGGCUACUAAACAAAUGGCUGCUAUUAAAUCCACAUUAAAAGUACAUGUGAUCUGACAGAACCCAGCACAUAAAAGAAAAAAAGAGUA